CCAUGUUGUGGAGGGUAGUAGUGUACGUGCGAAAAGUGUUGUUCGGGGGACACCACAUUGGCCACGACUUGGGUAUGUAUCUGUGGCAGAGCGGCAAGUGAUUUCCACUGUGAUGCAGGUGUGGGCCGUCAUAUACGACAAGGCGAACUUUCCAGACGCUCUUUAUCAUAGUGCUCUAUCCCUCGUCGAUCAGACAGCACAAGCCAAGAUCAAGAGAUUUCAUCGCCGCGAGGAUGCCUGUAGAUCUCUCAUCGGUAAUCUCUUACCUCGAGUGCUGCUCAGGAAGCGAGGCGUCCCGAAGGACACAUUGACUUUCGCCACCACUGACACCGGAAAACCAUACUGUAUCGCUCCAGGGAUCGACCCACCCCUAGGGUUUAACGUGACCCAUGAUGAGGGCGUGGUAGCGAUGGCCUUCGGAACGGGCGACCUCGGUCCGCCCGCCUUCACCGUGGGCGUCGACGUCAUGCAGCUCAAAAUUCCCCCCAACUCGACGUUCGCCGAUUUUGUCGACAGUGUCUCCGGCCAGUUGACGCCACUAGAACAUGGCCUGGUGUUAGCAGACAUCCCCCAGUCGGAAGCAUUGCGCCGGUUUUACUGGAUCUGGACGUUGAAGGAAGCAUACACCAAGGCGCUCGGGAUGGGUCUGGGGUUCGACUUCCGGCGAAUACAGUACAACGUACCAGAGGAGGCUGUCACCAUUGACGGCGAGCUCGUCAGGGGAUGGCAAUUCCGCAAGUUUGAAGUCGCGCAAAGUGGCAACAAGUACGUUGGCGUCGCCGCGCGGUUCAUAGGGGGUCGGUUUUUUACUAUGGAAGACUUGGACGUGGGCAGUUUGGUGUGUUACGAUGCUGCAUCAUUCGUCAAUCGGGCCGUAGAAGAAUUGAAUUAGCUGGGCGCUGAGUAUCACAUUACUAGAGGUGUCUAUAGUGGGGAAUACAGGGUUUACGGUAUCUCGAUGGGGG